AUGGAGCCCGCAUUUCAACGUGGUGACCUGCUUUUCCUCUGGAAUCGAAACACGAGGGCGGAGAUUGGAGAAGUUCUCGUUUAUAAUGUUCGAGGAAAGGACAUCCCGAUUGUCCACAGAGUUGUUCGCACUUUCCCUCAGGUCGAAGGACGUGCGAACGCAAAGAAGGUGAAGGAAGUUACAGUGGACACAACACCUACUUCGCAUAUGCUCCUCACCAAGGGUGACAACAAUUUGGCAGAUGAUACCGAGUUGUACUCAGAAGGCCAGGAUUAUCUCGACCGGAAGGAGGAUAUUGUUGGCAGUGUUCGUGGCUAUAUACCUAUGGUUGGAUACGUUACUAUUAUGCUCAGUGAGCACCCUUGGCUCAAGACAGUGAUGCUGGGACUCAUGGGACUAAUGGUCAUGAUCCAGAGGGAAUAA